GACUUUCGGGUUCCCGCAGGUAGUGGGCACCAUUGGGGCCACUCCGGCCUGCAGCUUCGACAACCUGCGGGAGAUCGGGGAAGUGGCGCAGGAAUUUGAGCUGUGGCACCACGUGGACGCCGCUUACGCAGGGUCAGCGCUGGUGUGCGAGGAAUACCGCUACCUGAUGGAUGGAGUAGAGUUGGCCGAAAGUUUCAACUUCAACCCCCACAAAUGGCUACUUGUCAACUUCGACUGCUCUGCCAUGUGGAUAAAGAACGCCCAUGAUGUGGUCGACGCCUUCAAUGUCGACCCGCUGUACCUCAGACACGACCAUCAGGGCCAGCAGCCUGAUUACCGGCACUGGCAGAUCCCAUUAGGCAGGCGUUUUCGUUCUCUGAAGCUGUGGUUCGUCAUGCGGUUGUAUGGUAGGCAAGGGCUCCAGGACCACAUUAGGAAGCAGAUAGCGUUGGCACAUGAGUUCGAAGCAGUGGUAAGAGAGGACCCCCGCUUCGAAAUCUUCUUCCCUGUUACUCUUGGACUUGUUUGCUUCCGACUCAAGAACGAAAGCAACGACGUUAAUGAUAGUCUGCUGAAAAGUAUCAACGCAGGCGGCGUCAUCCAUAUGGUUCCCUCCAAGGCCAAGGACACGUACUUUCUCAGGUUCGCAGUGUGCUCCAGAUUUACUGAACACGCAGAUAUUGUAAAAGCCUGGCAGGAAGUGAAAAAAGCAACUGAGAAUAUACUGACCAAGCAUUAAAGAAAAUCUGCUUGAGGAUGGUCCGCAAAGAAAAUUCCCCUGGGAAACUCCACGAAAAUGGCCUUCAGCAAGACACUGGGAAUACCAGUGAAGGCUAUUUUUUGUAAUGAAGAAGAGGUCUAACAUUGAAAUCAUAAACACACACACACACACACACACACACGAACACAUGCACACACACACACACACACACACACACACACACACACACACACACACACACACACACACACACACACACACGCACGCACACAUACUUCACAUUAACCUUAAAUAUUGACAUCAAUUACCGACUUUAACAGUUCUGUUCCAUUUACUGGGCGAAGUGUCCUUGUCGAUAAUACAAAGUAAAACCGAAUUCCUUAUGAGCAGUGCAUUUGUCACCAGUUUCAUGAUACCAAAAGCAAGGACACGACUGUCUUUCAUUAAUGUUACCUUGGAUUUUGAAUAUGAAACACAUCGUACCUCACAUUUAUUUUAGUUAUCAAAACUGAUGUACUAUUUUCUGACCAAAGGUCCAAUCAAUUAUGUCUCAUGUCUUGUCUUGAGAAUCAGUUAAAGCAACUCACAUUGAGGUGUUUCGAGGCAUAAUACACAGGGCUUUCGACCAUAAUUGUACAUCAUACCAACAUUCAUCUCAUCUAGUGUUGAAUAGUAAAGGGUGUUUUGAUGUACCUUAUGACUACAAUACGUUUAGAAUAAAUAAUUCGCAAUUCAG